AGGAAGUGUCAAGUUUUAAAAAAUUGGUGAAUCAAAAUUGAAAUCAAGGACAUUAAAAUGGUAAGUGAUGAUAGGUUUUCAGUAAGUGGCUGGGAAGAUGAUUUAAAAGAUAUCGAUGAAACACGAAACCCUAAUGAUAAAACAGAAUAUAACAUUUUACAUGCUUGUGAAAAAGGAAAUUUAGAAGAAGUUAAGGAGCUAAUUGAAAGAAAUCCAUAUUUAAUAAAUAUUAGUGACAAAGAUAAAUACACACCAUUACACAGAGCCUGUUACAGUAACAAUAUCGAAGUAGUAAAAUACUUAAUACAGAAAGGAGCAAACAUUAGUGCAAAAACUGAAUUGCAAUGGGAACCUCUACAUUCUUGUUGUCAGUGGAAUCACAAAGAAUGUGCAGCUGUCUUAAUACAAAAUGGUGCAGAUAUAAAUGCUACAACAGAAGGAAAUCAGACACCAUUACAUAUUGCCGCUUCUCAUGGCGCUUCAUGUGAUACAGUUCAGCUACUGCUUAUGCAUCCUUACAUAGACCCUACUAUUAAGAAUAACAGUGGAGAAACUGCUACUGAUAUAGCAAGGAGAAGCUCUAGGUAUUACAAUGUAUUUGACAUGGUCGACCCAUUAUUAGAUAUUAAAAACUUACGGUAUUUGAAGUGAGGAACCAUUCUUAAAUUGA